GAACGAAAAAAAAAGGUGAAAAAGAAUAUGUCAAAUAAAUUAUAAGUGGGUCGAGCAGAGGCACUGAAGAAAGCUCAAGCUGAGCACGCAUCUUGCGUUAAUUAUAUGUUGCCAAAUCAACGUAUUACACAACGCCUGGAGGUAAUGGGAGAGUCAAACACAAGGGGAAGCGUGGCGAGGCUUGGAACUUCCUACACUCAAUAGCUUGUUGUUUUGAAGGGAUCUUUACGUGUUUGGACUUUUUUUUUCUGUAAACGUUGAUUCUCGGUAAAUACCAUGAAAACAUUUAUCAUCGUUGUUUUAGUUUUUUCGCUUGGCGGAGCGCUGGAAUGGCAUUCAGGGAGGAAAGAAAAAUUCCGAGCUCUUCAUCGUCUGAUCAAACGUCAAGCAGACGGCAAUGCGAACUUCGACCACAGGUCUUCGGCAGGACAGGUAGAGCUAGGUAACACAGAGAACCAGGAGGAUAUAACUAGCAAGCUGAGGAUUCGAACCCCGAGACAGUCGUCACCCGCACGUAUAUAUCCGGGUAGAUCAUCAUCGGCCUCAGUGUUCGUCUCUAUAAGGGGUACCACCAGCAGGCCGUCUGUAUUAGGGACAGCCCGACCCAGUAGAACGUACUUCUAUCCGUUCGGCCGAGAGAACACACAGUACGUCUAUUACAAGCCCAAGGACGGCAAGUCCCAAGGCGACAACAUCACAACCAACGCAAGGGAUAUCGGAAGAGGCAAUCAAAUUGCGCGCCAAGUGACGUCAUAUGGGGUCAGGGGAACAGCCAAUCAGCGUGCGGCUGUGGAGUUGGGGUUUGAUUCUAGGAAUAGUUCGAGCGGAAGUGGGGAGUCAAGAGACGAGGAAAUGAGGAGAAGACAGGCGGAGUAUGAACGGAGGAGGGUAUUGAUGGAGGAGAGGCGAAGGUUGAGGGAUGAAGAGAUUAGGAGGAGAGAGGAGCAAAAACGGAGGAGUGAAAAUCCUGGGGAGGGUGUCGGCGCGACGGGAAGUGACGUCACGGGUCGAGAUGGGGAGCAGGAGAGGAUUCGAGCGGAGGAGGAAAGUCGGAGGGAGGUUGAGAGACGGAGACAUGAGGCGGAGAGGAGAAGGCGAGCGGAGGAGAGGCGAAGGCGGGAGGAGGAGAGACAACGGAGAGAAGAGGAGAGGCGAAGAGAGGAGGAGAGGCGGAGUCAGGAGGAGCGACGGAGAGAAGAGGAGAGGCAGAGGGAGGAAGAGAAGCAGAGGCAGGAGGAAGAGGAGGAGGCUCGGCAACGAGAGGAGGAACGUCAGCGGAGGGACGAAGAACGGAGGAGGUACAUCGAUCAGCUGAGGCGCCAGAGAGAAUCCGGCAGCAGCCAGACCACCGGCACCGCAGACGACAUCCGGGGUCAAGGACGGUACCAACCCACUCCGGCACCGACGCCCAGAGCAGGACCAGACGCCAGCGUCGAUGACGCCACCUACAUCCAACCCACCAGACCUACGUGGUACUAUCAAGGCCAGCCUUCGAACAACUCCGGAUACAAUGUACGAUACACCACGCGUGAUCCGCCCGUGCAACGAGGGAUCCACGGGGGUCCUGUCAUCAUCUCCAACCAGAGACCCCGCCCCGGGCCUACCUUUUACAACCCACAUUCCAGGCCAGGCCCGGGCACCCAGGGGCUGUCUUUACCAGGGUCUGGUCAGAGCUACACCAUCGACGACGAGGAUGAUUCAGAAUGUCCAGACACAGGGAUUGAACUCAGUAUCAACGGGAUGGACUGCCAGCAGGCUAUCCGCACAUUCGGACCCUACCUGUGCUACUCUCACGAGAUGACCUCUAAGAAGUGCUGUGAGAUUUGUCUGCCCAGAAAGCAGCCUGCCCGAGUCGGUUGUGAAUAUGGUGACCACUCUGAAAUCUGCCCCUCCCUGAAGCCAGCCGACUGCUACGACCUGAGGAACAGAUAUUCCUGCUGUGACACGUGUGAGAGGUUCAGGCGCCAAAGUGCCCCUCCGGCGUGUGAGUACGGCGACAUGGCAUUCACGUGCGAGCACGUGCGGAAGAACCCGGGACUGUGCUACAUUCCGGACACCAAGAGGCUCUGCUGCGACACGUGCAGUCAGCUGAAGAACCUCACAAACUUAAGUUGUCCCUGGGGUGACUACAACCCGAACCUGUGCACGUUGUAUGACGACACGAUGUCCAGCGUGAAGAUCAACUGCUACUCGGCCCAGAGGAGGAAGAUCUGCUGCAACUCUUGUGAGAGGCUGAGGCAGUGGGUGGCACAGGACUCCCCUCCUGCGGACUGCCUGUACGGGGACCGGCCCACCAUCAUCACCUACCUCCCCUACGGGCGUCUGAGCUGUGCCAGCAUCAUGACCUACCUGGGGGUGGAGGAAUGCCAGAGGAACCAGAUCGUGGCCACCCACUGCUGCCACACCUGCCACAAGUACCUGAUGGGCCGCACCCUCACGCGGCAGCAAGGGGGCUGAACGCAGCCGCUAAUUGCGGCUACACGAAUCGGGAACUGCGGCUCAACACGGCGCUGCGGCUUACUCGCAGGAUUUUUGGAGUCUUUCUGGGGACUAGCGUCCGAUUAGUCGUUGUACAGUUUGGUUUCGUUUGUUGUGGGUGUGGGUUGAACGAUGGCAUCAAACCGCGUAAAAUUUGGGGCGUGCGACAUUACAAGAAAUAUUGUGAAGUCUUAAUUAAACAUAAGAUAUUUUGUUUAUCACUUUGGUACAUGUAAGAUGUAUUUGGUAGUAUUAAUAAGUUAGGUAAUUAAAGCAAUAUUUACAAAAGCCAUAAAGCUACUAAAUUACAAAAAAAAAAUAUACAAAGUAUUUUUAGGGAUUACUCAUUUUCUGUGGGAAUUACCGAUUAUCUGUGUUUGUGCGUGUGUGUGUG